AUGUCUUCUUCUUCUUCUUCAGUCUCCUUCAAAUUCAACAAUAAUAAUUCCGAAUGUUCAAGUCCAUUCUCAAUGAAUAUCAAAACUUGUCAAAAUUGCGAGAAAAAUUAUAGUGAGUUAGCAUAUCUUCUUUUUUCUCAGUUAUCACCAAAAAAUUGCAGAAAACAUUCCAAAUCUUUCCUGGCUGAAAUGUAGUCAUUCGAUGUGUUUGCGUUGUAUUUUUGGUCGUUUUCGAGAAGGUUUAGAACCAUGCGCAUUUUGUUUAGUAAGUUCUCUCCGAAAUUUUGAAGAAAUCUGGAAAUUUCAGCCAAAAAUUACGAAGAAAUACAAAUGUUGUGAAGAGAAUUGCGAAUCGCUGGAUAUUGAGAAAAAGUUGUUUUUCCUAGAAAAAAUCUGUAUAAAAAACAAAAAAUUUGGAAUUUCAGCCUGAACAUUUGCUCAACUUGCACUCCACAAAAAAGUCUGGAAAAUUUGGAGCAACUUUUAUCGGUGGCUUUGUGCUCAACUUGUGCGAUGCGAAAACAUUUGAGAAAUUCGCAUGAAAUUAUCGAUUUUUCGCCGAGUUUUGCCAAAUUUCAAAGUUUAUCGAUGAGCAAAAUUUUGAAGCGCAAAAUCGAGGAGAAUUCAGAUAGCGAUUUUUUCCCACAAAAAUUUGAGGAUUUGAAAAAUCGCGAAAAAAAGGUGAGGAUUUCGAGAAGAUCAACUAAAAUGAGCAAUGCCUUGAAUUAUUGCAGCUUAUUGAAAAAUGUCUGGAAAAUUUGGAGAAAACCGAAAGCCCAACAGAACAACAAGAUUUAUUUGAAAAAAUUGAGGUUUUUUUGGAAAAAGUAGGUGAUUUUCACAUUUUUUAACCUGAAGAUCUGCUAAGUUUUCAGUUAAAAAAGGCGCGAAAUCGUAUGACACUGUCAAUCGAUAAUGAAAAUCUGGAAAUUUCGAAAAAUAUCGACGAAUUUUGGAAAGAAAAUUUGAAGGACGAAGAGCCACCCAAAAAAUUGCUGCGAAAAUGA